UUUGAGUUAUUGGCUCAGAUCAAAACUCAGAAGUUUUUUGGGUUUUUUUACAAGUGUUUCUCUGUCUCAUGAUGUCCACACAAAUAAGAGAGACAUGGCGAACACAGCAACAGACGAAGGUGUUUAUCUUCAGAGCCGUGAAAAAGCAGACCAUUGUCUUCUGCACCUUUUGCAAAUACGCAUUUGUUUACGCACCGGACCACGCCUGGGGCAUUCAAAGGUUCAAAAGUCCUUCACCUUUUCACGCCUCCAUCAGCCAUGUUAUUCCUCCUACGAUCUGAUAGAGUGGAUUUAUGUGGUGAAAUGAAUAUGUACUAAAUUAAAGACCUUGUGUCGCACAUGUUUUUCUGCUGCUUUCUGUCCCACGUCAUCUGUUAUGUACCUGUACAAAUGUAUCAUUUUCAUGUCGUUACAUUUAUCUGAACUCUUUUCUGAACUUUUUCUUAGCUGGCGUUUAACCAUAAAACCAAAGAAGGUUUUGCUCUUUGUGAGUGAAGAAGAAUCUUGAGUUUAACUUUGGAGUAAGGAAAGCUGUAAAUAAGUCUCCUAAUCCGCCUGUGGAUGAAAACCACCCUCUCAGUCUGGCCUUUGUCAAAUCAAACCAAGUCAAAUAAACGUUUUGACCUUCUCAGCUCCCGUCACUGUCCAUUGCAGGGUUCUGCAAUGGACAGUGACGGGACAGUGACUGCUGUCCAUUGUCCAUGACUGCAAUGGACAGUGACUGCUGUUUGUCUUACUCCAACAUGGGGAGUCUCUGCUGGUCCCACUUCAUGGUCUUUGGACAAUCGAGGUCAUCAGGGAUCAAAAUUCAACAGGAUUUGACACGAGAACCACAACAAGUCCUCAGCAACAUCUAAUACUUAACAGAGAGAAGGCAACAUAAAGAUGAAGACAUGGAAGAUGGUGAUGUGUGUGACUGGCUAUGUCUGCGGCCUAAAUUUAGUGUCACAAUAUGAGCCACGAGAGUGUGAUGCCAACUGGGUUGCUCUUUCUUAGUAGCUACCUGUGGUAAUCCACUUAAGCUAAUGAUGCUUCUCUAAAUCCAUCCAAUCUGUUGAGUCCUCACUCAAUAAAUCUGGGUCAAUAGACGUUAUCGCUGCAGUGUGUGAUGAACAAAACCAGCAGAAUUUUCCAUCUUUAAACAGCUGUUUUAACAAGAGCAAUUGAUUUCAUCAGCGUUCCCAGAUGGGAGCUGCGAGCCACAAGGAGGUUUGAGGAUUUUGCGCGGAAAAUGGAGCAUCAAGACCACACAAAAGGCAGCGGGAGAGAAUAUUUGUGCGGUCAAACCGAGGCAGAGUUUGGUGCGACAGUGAACAGGCCUCCGAUCGGUGGCGAGGUAAAAAGCAGCAAUGCACAGCUGGACGAACAGGCGCAUCUGUACUGCAACUUCUGGACUGAUUCUGAACCAGCAAGAGUCAAGAACUGGAGAAGCAGAUCAUUUGCCAUGGAUGCCAGAAUAAGACUUGAUAGUUUGAAGUCUGGGUGUAAUUCACCGCAACCCUGGGGUAACUCGGACAACUCUUUAUACUACUAUGACAGUGAGAAAGACCUUUGGAACGACGGAGACGUAGAGGAAGAGCAGUCUGCUUUGGACGUGGUGGAGAUCCUUGAUAUGGAGGAAAGCGUAGGAGAUGAAGAGAGCUGGUUAUAUGAGCCUCCAAACAGGCCGUCGUUCGAAGAGAGGGAGUCUGUUCUCAGGUGGUGUCGACACGUUCUGGAUAACCCCAGCCCCGAGAUGGAGGCGGCCCGUCGUGGGCUGAUGAACAAGCUGGAUCCAAGAUCAAGAUAUUACUUCUGCAGACAUGCAGCAGUUUCCACUCAUUCCCCGAGUGUCUCCUUGGGUUUCGCUCAGGAAAAAACAUCAGUCAACGCAACACUCAAUGACUCUGACAGCUUUGAUCAUCUUAAGGUGACCCACCCUGAUGACUUCAUAACCACAAGCUACAGACUACAGGAUAUAACAGAUGUCCACAUAAUGGCCAGAAUGCAGGAAGACAGUUUAAGACAGGACUAUAUUUCCAUGCCUGCUGCAGUUCUCUCGAAGAGAAACUCAGACGUGUUUUCCUCAUUUUUAAAUACUGAGGCUGACCAUGCUGGUGACUUCAGUUCCAGAAAUAAAAGCACUGCUCCAGACUCUGCCUGCAAGCCCGGUCUGACGUCUGCAGGCUCUUCCAGCUGCAAGUCACCAACGCCAGCAGCUAAGCAGGGCGGCCAAACCCCAAAACUGAUCAAACUUCAGCAGCAAGUAACUCAGUUCAAGCUGCUGAGGCUUGCCCAGAAUAAAGCAUCCCCAGGUCAGAUGAGGUCACCUCUGCAGACAAGCCUGCGCUCUCUCCAGGCUGUCAGGAACAGCAGAAGUUUAGAGGUCGAUGUCAGCCAACCUGCUGGACAAAGCAACCGCCAUCCCCCAGUUGUACCGUCUCCCAGAACAGCGUGGAGCCGCGCCGCUUAUCUGAACUCCAGUGACGUCACCUGCUCGAUGAGAGAGUCACCAGACAGAAUAACGGCGGUGAAAAGACUGCAGAGAUCCCAGUCCCUCAGUCCCAGCAGGAUGGCUCACCCUUCCAAGGGAUACCUGUCUGUGCGUGGGCGGGUUUUUGCCUCGCCAGACAGGGUGUCCACUGCGGCCUGGGGCAGGCAUGCCUCAUCCAUUCAAAGGUGAAACAUUUCACUGGGAAAUCCCCAUUAGCCAAACUAAUGAGGAAGAACACUAAAAGUGGCUUAAAAAUGUAUUUGUACUGUUAAAACUGUAUCACAUUUGUCACACUGCAACUUCAAACCUCACUGUGUUUUAUGUGACUAACACAAAGUAGUGCAUAGUUUGGAAGUAGAAAGCAAGUGAUUGUUUUUAAAAUAAAAACCUGUAAAGUGUG